UCCAACUUUUACUAACACGCACUUGCCGGUGUACCGCAAGCAUUGUUCAGAGUGGAUUCAUAGUGGCUUCAGUUGCGAAUUUGGUCAAGUUUGGGUACACGUUAAGUUGUCAGUCCAAAGUUCUUCUGCGAUCCCUCUCAUCUGUCACCAAAAUGCCUCCAAAGUCAAAGAAAAAGGUCGCCAAGGAAGUACCUAAGGAAGUAGCUGACGCUGCUGCGGCUGAGGGACCUCCAGCAAAGAAGGGGAAGAAGGCAGAGGCUGAGGCAGAUGAGGGUGAGGAGGCCACGCCCAAGAAGGGCAAGGGGAAGAAGAAGGCCGAGGAGAACGGAGACGGAGACAAGAAAAAGGUCGUCAUUCCGACCAUGACCUUGGACGAGCAGGACUUCUCCUCCAGCGCCAAGACCAAAGCUGGACUUGACUGGAACUUGAAGAUAUCCUCCUGGAACAUCAACGGAAUCAGGGCGUGGCUUGGGAAAGAGGGUACUGCCUACAUCGAGAAAGAGGCCCCAGAUGUCUUCUGUGUCCAAGAAACAAAGUGUAGUUUAGAUAAGAUGCCUGAUACAGUGAAUGUAGAUGGUUACCAUGCCUACUGGUCGUCGGGGGAGACCGAGGGCUAUGCUGGGACAGGCAUGUAUUGCAAGGAGAAGCCCAUUGAGGUCACAUAUGGAAUCGGUGUGGACAAACACGACAAGGAGGGACGGGUCAUCACAGCCGAAUUUGAGAAGUUCUACCUGGUCACAGCAUACAUUCCGAACGCUGGGCGUGGUUUGACCCGAGUUGACUACCGCACGAAGGAGUGGGAUGUGGAGUUCCAGGCCUACAUGAAGAAACUGGAUGACAAGAAGCCCGUCAUACUGUGUGGAGAUCUCAACGUCGCUCAUCUUGACAUAGACUUAAAAAAUCCCAAAACCAACAAGAAAAAUGCAGGUUUUACUCCCCAGGAGCGUGAGGGGUUCACCAACCUGCUGAACGAGGGCUUUGUGGACUCAUUCCGCCUACUGUACCCGGACCUGGAAGGUGCCUACACUUUCUGGGCCUACUUCAUGAACAACAGAGCCAAGGAUGUAGGCUGGAGACUGGACUAUUUUGUGAUGUCCGAGCGUCUGACCGACAAUCUGUGUGACAGCAUCAUCAGGAAGUUUGUGCAGGGUAGUGACCAUUGUCCCGUUGUCCUGUUCCUCAACAUGUGAAUCCUUCUCCAUCAUCGUCGUUUAGAAUGUGUGACGAUGUUCAUCAUUGUCCAUAUAGUACAGGUCGUGAACACACCAGCCAUUGUCCGGAACAUGGUCUGUUUGUUAAUACAGUGAUACCCAGUUGGUCUGGAUCCCGUUGUCUGGAGACCCGCUUCUUGAAGGUUGUUCGGAAGGUCUAUAAAUACCCUCUCAUACAGAGGAACAGUAGUCUGUGUCUGUACACACCAAUGGGGAUUCUGGGUUAGAAUUGUCCCUAGAACCUGCGCUGGUCGUAAGAAGUGACCUCGUGGAUCGGAUAGUCAGACUCAGUGACUUGGUUGAUGACUAAAUUGUUGCUCCCAAUGUCGAUCACUGGAUUGUCAUGUCCAGGCUUGAUUAUUUACUGACCGCAGUCAUAUAGAUGGAAUAUUGCUGAGUGCUGCGUACACAACAGACAAACUGUACCUGAAACUGAAACUUAAUUGCAGAUUUACUUACCUGGGCCAGCUAGGAUACGAUCCUGAGUUUGAAUCCUGGAUUUGCCCUUAUUAUGAUCUUUGGUUUGUCAGCACCGUACCGGUUGUUGUGGGUUUCACAGAAAUGGUAAACGUUUCACAUGUUUAAGGCAGGCGUCACUUCAGUUUGUCUUUUUCAUAACUGACAUACGGUCCAAAGUACAAUGAAGCCCGUCUAACUAACUGCUCUUUACCCAUGAUUCGCUCUUCUACUGUGUUUACCAGGAUAUUCACCAGUAAUGGUCUCCAUUCACAUUUCACUGCGUAGUCAGUGCUCAUUUUGUUCAGAAUCAUGGUUAUUUGUAGAUCAUUUUUAUUAAAAUAUCAUUUGCAA